AUGUUACUAACACCAGAUGACAUUGCAUUAGGCCUGUCCCUAGGAACUUUUUCUAUCAUUAUAAAUCUGUCACAUCAGGCUCCAACAUCAAUCUUUGGAAAUUUUACAGUAAUCGACAUAAUUGUUAGGCAACGCCAAGCAGCUACUACUAAACAGCGAGCCUAUCGUUUGUAUUUGGCGCAAAAGAAAUUGAAAAAAUUACGCUUAGCAGCUGAUAAGAAAAUGGAGGCAGCUUGCAUAAUACAGAGUCGAGAUCGUGGUUACUUGACACGAAUACACUAUCAGAAUAUGCGUCAAAACUUUAUGUAA